CACAGACUCCAGGCUGAAUGUCCCCGGUGACGUCAGCUGACUGUUUUGGCUGUACUAGGCGCUCCGGACACAGCGCUGCUGCUGCUGUAAAAAUGCUGCUCUCUGUGCCGCCAAGGACAGGAAUCAACCCAUAUAACGGCUAUACCAGCAGAACCAGUAAAAAGCAGGCGUAUGCAUCCUCCACCCAGCAGAUGGCACUGCCCAGUCCCAACACCACUACCAGCAGUAAUGGAAGCAACAGUGGUGGGGACCAGCUGAGCAAAACCAACCUGUACAUCCGUGGUCUCCAUCCAGGAACCACAGACCAAGACCUAGUCAAGCUCUGUCAACCCUAUGGAAAAAUAGUGUCUACUAAGGCCAUUCUUGACAAGACCACCAACAAAUGUAAAGGCUAUGGCUUUGUGGAUUUCGACAGCCCGGCCUCUGCACAGAAAGCGGUGACGGCACUAAAGGCCAGUGGAGUUCAGGCUCAGAUGGCAAAGCAACAAGAACAGGACCCCACCAAUCUGUACAUCUCUAAUCUGCCUCUGUCUAUGGACGAGCAGGAGUUAGAAAGCAUGCUCAAGCCCUUCAGCCAGGUCAUCUCCACGCGCAUCUUACGUGAUGCAAACGGCACCAGCCGCGGAGUUGGUUUCGCCAGGAUGGAAUCGACUGAAAAAUGUGAGGCUAUCAUUCAACAUUUCAAUGGCAAAUACAUCAAGACUCCUCCCGGAGUAGCAGUGCCUACAGAACCCUUGCUAUGUAAAUUUGCGGAUGGGGGACAGAAGAAACGUCAGAAUCAGGGGAAAUAUCACCAGAAUGGGCGGCAGUGGCCGAGAGAGGGCGAGACUGGCGGGAUGACGCUAACAUAUGACCCUACUCCUGCUUUACAAAAUGGGUUUUACUCGCCUUCCUACAGCAUUGCUCCUAACAGAAUUAUUGCUCAGAGUUCCAUCUCUCCCUACAUGCACUCACCUGUAUCUACCUACCAGGUACACAAUCCCUCCUGGAUACAUCACCAGUCAUACCUCAUGCACCCCACAGGUACCGUCCUCACGCCCACAGUGGACCACACCAUGACCAUUCAGCCCACUGCCAUAAUAGGGCCUCUCACACAACAGCUCAGCCAUCUAACCCUGGGCAGCACAGGCACGUAUAUGCCUGCAAACGCAGCUAUGCAAGGGACCUACAUACCACAAUACGCCCAAGUGCCUCCUUCAAGUGUUACAGCUGAGGAAAAUAGCGUCCAACAGCAGCAGGUUGCCAUAGAGACACCCACAGACCACACAACAUACUCCUACCAGCAUGGCAAGUGAAGAGGAGUACAUUCAUAUGAGUGAUGGAGGACUUUGGAUAACUGAACCACCUCUCGACAUAAAAACAUAUGGACAUUGCGAAAAGGAACAGAGAAGCGUGUCUCUUUCCAAUGAAAAAAAGCAGACUUUUUUUUUUUUCUUGGAGAAGACCAACCGAUAAUGAAAGUAAGUGAAAGACUUGGAUGGAGAAAGCUAUGACUGCAAGAUGUCAUAAAAGUUCACAGAAAGUGAAGUAAGCUUUUUUUUAACACAAAGACUCACAUACAUACAUGCACACACACUCCCAACACACUUUGAGAAAUAUUUUUCUGCAACUUUAUUUUCUAAAAUGUUCUGCAAAGCCAGAAUGAAACAACUACGUUACAACACAAUGUGUCAUUUUAAUUUGAUUUAAUGUUUUUGUAAAAUUCUUCAAAGAUUUUGUUGACUGCUUUUGAACUGUCUGCUGCAAAAGGAGGAAUUUUGUACAUAAAAAACCUGUUUUUGCAAAGUU